GAACUUCCGGGUAGCCCGAGCUAGCAUCGACUUCCUCAAAGGGAGCGACACCCAAGUGCGUGUCCUGCUCAACGAACGUUUCCACUUUAAUUUUCUACGCGGUGUUUCGAUUUUGCACUUGACUUUUCAUCCUCCCCGAUGUCCAAACCUCCUCCCAAGCCGGCCAAGCCAGGCCAGGUCAAGGUGUUCAGAGCUGAGUUCACCUUUCACCCCAGAACUCCUGAUGAGCUUUACUUCGAAGAAGAUGACAUCCUCUACAUCUCUGACUCGAGUGACAGUAACUGGUGGAAAGGAACAUGCCGGGGGAGGACGGGCCUUAUUCCGCGCAACUACGUGACCGAGCACGCCGAGUCCAUCGACCACCCGAUGCACGAAGCGGCCAAACGAGGGAACCUUUCCUGGCUGAGGGAAUGCGUGGAGAACAGGGUGGGGAUCAACGGCCUGGACAAGGCGGGCAACACUGCCCUCUACUGGGGAUGUCACGGAGGACAUAAAGACGUAGUGGAGCUUCUGCUCAGCCAGCCCAGCGUCGAACUCAACCAGCAGAAUAAGCUUGGGGACACUCCUUUGCACGCUGCUUCUUGGAAGGGUUAUUCCGACAUUGUUGCCAUGUUGCUGAACAAGAACGCACGUACCGACGUCCGCAACAACGAGAACAAGCUGGCUCUGGAGAUGGCCACCAACGCGCAAUGUGCCUCGUUGCUCAAGAAGAAGCUGGCCAGCUCCAUCACCCGCUCACACAGCAACGCUGAAGAGUAUUUGGAUGAUGAGGACUCGGACUGAAAAACGCAAAGUCUGGAGACCGACUUCAAAAAAAUGGACCUUGUCGUCGUCGUCGUCGUCGUCGGCGCGGUUUUUACUGUAACUCUAUUUUGAACAAAGCCCUCAGCGUCGCAGCAGUGUAAAUUUGGAACCUGAGGACGAUUCGUCGUCUGGCGUGUUGCACAAAAAAAGGACCAAAAAUGCAAAAAAUAUUGAUUUCCGCACAGCUGUCGAUCGUGCAGGCAGACAGAUUUUCCUUCUAUUUGUUC